CUGUGACCACUGGUCACUCUGCUGCCGACAUGGCUGCCACCACUGGUCACCCUGGCAACAGUUCUGGUAACCAUGACAACAGAGUUGGUCACCUUGACAACAAAUAUCAUCACCCUGACAACAGAUCUGAUCACCUUGACAACAGAUCUGAUCACCCUGACAACAGAUCUGAUCACCAUGACAACAGAUUCGGUCACCAUGACAACAGAUCUGAUCCCCAUGACAGCAGUUCGGAGGGAACCACUACAGCGGAUAGAGAUUUAUUUUUCAAAGUUCUGCCAGAACCUCCGAAGUGGUCAGGAGAUGACCAGCCGGCAACCACCUCGCCACCAGCCUCCCCCAGCUCACACGGUGCCUCACUGCCACCGACCACUACAUCGCCAUUGAUAUCCAACAACCCACAAGAAAGCGACAUCCCGGAGAGGAUCGUGUUUGGCGGGAAAGGAGCGUCGCCUGGAAACUUCAGCGGUCCCAGCGGCAUGGCCGUGUCAGCUGAUAACGAGAUAGUCGUGGCUGACGUGCACAACAGGCGGGUCCAGGUGUUCAGCACAGAGGGCGUCUUCCUCCGCCUGUUCCCGGCUGCACUGCCUGGCACUGUGUCGGGCACAGAUGGCCAGUUGAUGUACCCUACCGAAGUGGACAUUGACCAACAAGGGCACGUCUGGGUGGUGGGGGUGGUUAAGUUCCCUUCCAUGGCCAGUGCCGUGUCUGUUGUAGACUAUCAGGAUGGCCUGCCGGUCGCCAUGUUUGACGUGAAACGCGACGCGUCUUACCCGAAGAUCGCCGUGGACAGGCGAAGCGGCAAGAUCAUCGUUGAGGCUGCGAGUGAGAUUCUGAUGUUCCAGCCGGACGGCUCGUUUGACCGGAGCUUCAAACCAGGGGAUUCGGGCAUAUUGUACAUCACAACAGACCUGUGGGGGAACAUUGUAAUGACUGACCUCUCCACCAGCGUGAAGAUAUACAAUCAGGCCGGACAUCUGAUCCUCACCUUCGCCACAAAUGGCAAACCGCUGGGCGUGAGCACGGCCUCCCGCGGGUACAUCAUCGUGGGGGACCUGGUCGGCGGGCGGGUGGAGGUCUUCACAGGCGCCGGGGAGUUUGUACGCACCGCCGCUGACGUCACCAACCCCUGGGCCAUUGCCGUGGGGCCGGCCGGAGAUCUGGUGGUCACCAACACAAUUGACAACGUCGUGACGAUCUUUCCACGUCGGAUAGUGUUUCUGGUUGGAUAGGGGACCAACAACCGGUGCAAUGGCCAAGUAGCCUUGCUUCAGUAGGUCGUGAGUUUGAUUCCCAGCCGAGUCAUACCAAAGUGUUUUAAGAUUAUAGUACAUACUAUUUUGCUCAGCACUUAGCACGUAGGAGACGCACAAUUGGUGCAAGGGUUAGCCUCAUUCAUGUGCACUUUCAUCUAGCAUCACUGACUUUACUUUUUGGGGAGGGCGAGCACUGAUUCUCGAAUUUCAACUUCUCCACUGUCGGGAGAGGGUUUCCACACAGCGACCAUGUUGAAAAUUACAAAUCAGAUCCCCCCACCUACAGUAGUCCAUGGGCCAGGACGAUUUUUUGUACCACCGAGAGGGACCAGAGCUAAUAUGGAUUUUUUGAAUCUGCAAUAACCAAAGUUUAUUCUUGUAUAUUAGCAAGCUUUUAUGUACAGCUUUAUUAUUGUAAUCACGUGACCAAAUGACGUCAUUACAAUGAACAUUGCUGUUGGGGGCUAAAUACAAAAGACCGGGACAAAUUAUCAAACAUCAACAAUUUUCCGUGAAAAUUGGUUUGUAGAUAAAACAUGCCUUGGGAAUCACAAAAUAAUCAAUAUUUUGUCGAUAUUCAGUAUCUUUAGGAAGUUACGAGUCUUUAAACUCCGAUUUUGGGGGUAAUCUCGGUGUAGAAAAUGCAUUGUUUACUUUCCAACAUCAGGCAUUUUUUCGGGCUACCUAUGGGGUCUCUUAUGAUAAGUUAUGUUGAUUGGCCAAAUCAUUACCUGCAUUUUGGGCUGAAAAUGAAGAAAAUCCGUCAAUUCUAUCAGGAGUUAUAAGUGUUUUAAGAAUUACACCCCUGCGGGCGUUUUAUCAAAUCACCCUGGUAUCGCAAUGCAUCAUGGGUAAUAUUAAGAGGCUCUGUCUGUAGAAAAAACGAGUUGUCAAAGUCAAAAUAUCGAUCUUUUUCAAUAGUGUGAUGCCUUUAUCUAAUUAUACAAGAAAAAUAAUUUUGGGAUAAGGUGGUGGCCACUGGUUGCCAUGACAACGGCCAUUUUGCUCUAUGAACAAGGCUUACAUCUCGCCCAUUAUACACACCUGUGGCCUACAGAAACACUCAGAAAUUAACAGAUAUAUGAUAGGAAAUUCUGUAAUUCCAUCAUUUUCAUAACUGGACAAAGUUACAACAUAUGGUCACAGGAAUUCAUUCACACUUUUUGCAUACAUCACUUCAAAAUGGUUAAUUUGGGGAUUUCAUGGUCAUUUUUAGAAAAAAAAUGUACAUUUAUGGCUCCUGUGCCCUUGUAAUUAAAUCAAAUGACCUGGAAUUUAGUGUCGGAAUGCCUUUUACAUAUACAAACAGGACUUUAUUCAUGGCCUUUGCACACACUACUUUAUUUCGGUUAAAUAUUGCGAUUUUUUGCCAUUUUUAUGCCAAAAAUGUAUAUUUUUUGCUCCUGUACCCUAGUAGUUAAACUAAAUGACAUGAAAUUCGGUGUGAAUGCAGCUUUCACACUAGGGAUUGGAGAGGAGUCACUUGGAAGAGUCCAUUUAGUAUUGGGGUACAUCUGGAACAGUCCAUUUUUGAACGGGGGCAGAUUUUGAAAAUUUAAUUUCGGAUUAAUUGGGAUGUUGGUAUUGUUCUAGGGUGGGUAAAAUAAUACGAGAAAACAUACAACUCACACAAAACGGGGAUACAGAUCAGACAGUGCAGGGGGUAUGGACACUACUGGGAGAACGAACAAAACGGGAGGUACGGACACUACUAGGCGUACAGACACCACAGGGUUUACGGCACUACAAGGGGUAC